AUGUCCACUGCUCGCCCGAUGGCUCCACCACCACCUGCACCCAAACCAGGGAGAGUGAAAGUUUUCCGAGCGCUCUACGAUUUUCAGGCCAGAUCUGACCAAGAGCUAACAUUUAGCGAAGGAGACCUGAUGUAUGUUAGCGACGAGCAGCCAAACAAAGAUUGGUUUCAAGCGAGCAUCGGUGGUAAAAAAGGAUUAGUUCCCGCAAAUUAUGUAAUAAGUGAAAACAUGGAAGAAUUACCCAACCCUCUCCAUGAGGCUGCGCGACGAGGGAAUAUGGAUAUGUUGUGUGAAUGUCUCAGGGAGCGAGUCUCCGUCAAUUCACUGGACAAAUCCGGGGCAACUCCACUAUAUUGGGCUGCACAUGGAGGUCACGUAACUGCUGUGGACACUUUGCUUAAAGACAAAAAAGUUGCUGUUUCCGUUCAGAAUAAACUCGGUGAUACCCCACUUCAUGCAGCUGCUUACAAAGGACAUGUUGAGUGCGUGAGAUUACUUCUGACUGCUGCCGCGAGCCCUUUCAUUCGAAACCAAGAUCAGAAGCUGCCGAUUGACGUGACAAAGGACGCUGAUAUUGCUGCUCUCCUCGACAAAGCGAUGAAGGAAAAUCGAGUGAACGAAGAAGAUUAUUCGGAAUAUUUAUCUGAUUCUGAUGCUGAUUAA